AUGCGUGUUAUUACGACAAAAUGGCUGAUCAUGUCCAAAGUCUACGAUAUAGAACUUCUUCAUGUAAAGUCGAAUAAAAUACUUCGAGCCAAAAAGCAAUUAUCUCCUGAAUUUAAAGAUGCUUCUGUACGUUUUACAUUGGAAGAAUAUCAUGGUGAUGAGUCAUGGUUUAUAAUUCAACCAUCAUAUAAACACAAACAAAUAGGUGAUCCGGUUGUGAUUGGGGAUAAAGUGACUCUAUUUGCUUGUCGCGCUGGUUGUGCAUUGAACAUUAAAGAACUGAAUUCAAAUACUAAACAACAUAAAUUAAUGUCUGAUACUAAUCACCAUGGAACUAAUAGUAAUAAUAAUAAUAAUACCAGCUGGCAAAUUAAUCUUUAUUUAAGUUAUCAAGAUAAUUUAGAACAUAUAUUAAAAGGGGGUGAUAUCAUUAGAUUAUUUCAUAGUGAAGCAGAAAAAUUUCUCACUUGUGAUGCAUAUGAAAAUGAGUUACAUGUAUUUUUGCGUACUACAUUUCGAGCAGCUACCACUACAGCUAGAAGUUCAAAAGCAUUAUGGGAGGUUGAGGUAAUUCAUUCGGAUUGUAGGCGUACUGGAGCUGGACAUUGGAACAGUUUAAUUCGUUUAAAACAUUUAAUUACUGGACUAUAUCUCUGUCCCAAGGUUAUCAAAAUAAACAAUAAAAGUGGAGAGCAAGGUGCCUUUUGUAAACAAGAGCAAGAUGAUGGUUGUAUCGAAUCUUUUCUGACUUUAUCCAAAGAACCGACAUAUGAAACUGUUUUCGAGAUGGAUUCAACAAGUCAUUAUAAAGAAAGUGAUGGAUUUAUACCAAAUAAUGCAUUUGUACGUAUUUGUCAUACAGCCUCACGAAUGUGGAUUAAAGCUAGCGAAAUUCCUAUUGAUACUGACGCGGAUAAACCUAUUAUGUAUAAGCUUAAUCUUACAUCGUUCAAAGAUAACAAAGAAGUAUUCGCUAUUCUUCCUGUACCAGCGAAUGUUGUGAGAGAUUUGGAUUUUGCUAGUGACUCCUUUAAAGCACUUAGAGCUAUUCUCUGUAUGUUGAAUGACCAUGGAAAGUUGACAGAAACUCAAAUGAGAUCACUUAUAUUUAUUCUAUCAGAAUUAGUAAUGUUUCUUAAUGGGAAUACACGUUUAACAUUUGAGUCGACCAAUCCAACUAUACAAAAUGAAAUAGGUUUACGGGAUAGACAGAAGUUAUUACGUGAACACAAUAUUAUUACACAAAUUAUUAAUAUAUUAAACAGUAAAAUGAUUAGUAAUUUACCAAAACAAUCUACAUCAAUUGUAAAUAAUCAUUUAAUUAAUUCAAAUAUUUUAAUAUGGAAACCAGAUAUUUCCUUAAUAUCUAUUCUACAUGAAACAGAAAUCAAUACAAUUGAUUCACAACAACAAGAUAUUUAUUUAGAUGAAAAAAAUGAAAUAUUAGCCUGGCAAACAGUUGGAAAUCUUUGUUAUCGAAUACUUACAUUAUCACAACAUGGUUAUAGAAAAAAUCAGGAGUAUCUAGCACAGUAUCUGAAUUUGAUGCAAACUCACAUUGGCUUAGGUAUAAGAGCAUCCGAGACGAUUACAGCUCUAUUGCAUAACAAUCGACAGUUACUUGAAAAACGUGUUGGUGAACUAGAAGUUUCUGCAUUUGUUUCGCUAGUACGUGACAACAUUGAAGCACGAUUUUUGAACUAUUUAUCAGCAUUAUGUAGUUCUUGUGGUGUAGCUAUUCCUGUUACACAAGAACUUAUUUGUCAUCAAUUGUUAUCUGAGAACAAUGAAGAUUUAUUAGUAGAAACAUGUAAUAAAACAUAUAUUGAUUCAGAGAAUAAUCAUACAACAGAUAUUGUUACAUUACUAUGGAAACAAACAUUUUUAAUAGAUGAAUAUAUAUGGAAUAAUAUAAAUUCAAAUUUAAUUAUAAAUCAAUUAAAUUUGAAUAAAACACAAAAAUAUUUUGAAUUUAAUUUGAAUAUUUUAAAUGAUAUAAUUAAUCAAUCAAAACAAGAAUUAAAUGAGAAAUCCAAACAAAUUACAUUAUGUUAUUUAAUAUUAGAUUAUUAUCAAGCACAAAUUGAUUUAUUUGCACUAUUAUGCCAAGAACGACAAUAUAUUGCUAUUAAUUAUUUAUCAACAAAAUUAUCAGUUUAUUUAUUAUUAAAAUGUAUGAGGAAUGAACGGCUUAGACCUAGUCUGCGUGCAUCGUUUACUCGGUUAUUAUUAAAUCUUCAUGUAGAUCGAGAUCCUCAAGAAUUGCACCAACCCAUUCAGUAUGCUCGUUUAUGGAGUACAUUAGGCACAAAGUCAGAUGUUUCCAGUUAUGAAAAAGCAAAUAGUUCUACAGACAAACAAGAAAAUUUCACAACUGAUUUUAUGAACAUUAAAAAUUUUGUAAAUGAUUAUUUGGAUAAUAUGCUUUCCGAUAGUUGUUAUUUAUCUGAACCUGGUUACAUUAAUUUAACACAUGAGGUUAUCAAUCUUUCUAAAAAUUUGGUAUUUUUUGGUCUUUACAAUAUUAAAGAAUUAUUACUUCUUGGUCAAAAGCUGAUAUUCAUGCUCAAUCAAUGGGGAAGUACAAAUGAUGUUAAUUUAUACAAAAUGAAAGAGAUGAACAACUCUUCAUCAAUACUGAAUAGUUCAAAUGAUAAAAAACUAUUUGAUUUAAAAUUAAAAACUCUGGAUAUCAUUGAAUAUAUUUUAGACGUUCGUGUAGACUAUCAAAUCUUCUGUUUAUUAACUACUCUUCGAAGCGUUGAGCAGCCAGAAGCUUGUCCAAAUGACUUGGAGUUAGAGGAUUUGGAAAAAAAGGAAACUUUAGAAUUGUCAAACGAAGUUAAAAAUCAACUUCUAACGUUGUUUCCUUUCAACAAUUCAUCACAAAAUCUUGAAAUUAAUGAAUUAUCAAAACAAGAUUCAAUAGAAGAUAAAUUAACUAUACUUAAUAUAGAUGGUUAUAAUGGUCAAUUAUUAAUUGGUGUAUUGGCUCGUCUAUGUAUAUCAACUAAUGUUGAAUUAAAAUUAAAAUCAUUACAAUUAUUAUUUCGACAUUUUAGUCAACAAGAAGAAUUUAUCAAUAAAUUAAAACAGGUACAACUUUUAGUAUCAGAUACAGGAAUAAAAAUUUAUCGUCAACUGAAACAACAUCUAGAUACAUUACGGUGUUUAAUUGAAAAAUCUGAAUUAUGGAUGCAUGAUAAAAGUUGUAUGACUAGUUCUAAUUCCAAUAAUAAUAAUAGUAAUCAAAUUUACACUCAAUGUAGUUGUAUAAAUAAUUAUGCUUUGGUUAAAGAUAUACUUUGUCAUAUAAUAUCCUUAUGUCAAUUAGAACAUCAUGAUUUAUCAACUUCAAUCAUAGAACAAGAAUCAAAUAAUAUCAUGGAUGUUCUUAGUACUGAAAUCAGUACACAAAUAAAUAAUAGAAUACUUAGAACUAUGGAUAAAUCAUCAUCAUCAUUUCCGUUUGAACAAAUACAACAACUUUUACGUCAUUUAGGGGUACAUAAUAUACUGAAAGAAUUAUUGAAUAUUCGAUUCAAAUGUACUGAUGUUGUAUUCAAUGAGAUUGUUCAUUUGACAAAAUAUAUUUUAUGCUUAUUUUGUUACAACAAUGAGAUAAACCAAAAAUUAUUAUAUCCGUAUCUUGAUAAAUUCAUCACAACUGAAACUGAUGAUGCUGAAGUCUGCUUGUGGAUGUUAAAAGAUAAUACGGAAUUGUGCAUGAUGAUUGACCGUUCAACCAUUAGAAAACUUUGCUUUUUUCUCCAAAAAACUCGUCCACAUGUGCAUUGGCUCGAAGUGCUGAUAACAGUCGUAAAACCAAACGAUGAAGUAUUAAGCCCAGUACGAGAAAUGAUUUCAAAUGAGCUUUGUUCAAUGAUUGAUGAUACAUUAUUCUUGAUGAAUAGUUUUUCACGUGUACGAAAUAUUUUGGACUCACUUUUAUCAACAAUAACCUAUUCUAAAUCAUCAUCAUCAUUAUUAUCAUCAUCAUCAUCGUCAAUGUGGUCAGUUAUUACAUUUACUGAUAAUACAUCUAAACAAGAUUUAUUAUUUAAUUUGAAAUUUUUUCAUUUAUUAAAUAUACUACUCAUUGAAGAGAAUGAUAUAUUACUUAAAAAAUAUCGUAAAUGGUUUAAAUUAUCUGAAUUAAUUCAUAUUAUUAUACAUCCAGUAACUAAAUGUAAAAAUUUAUAUCAUUUGAGAAAUGUUUAUAUGGAAAAUUUAGCUAAUUUUUGUUCAAGUAAUGAUUUUAAAAAUAAUUUUAUUAUACAAUAUAGUGAAUCCUUAUCUUUACUUUGGAGAGAUAUUACUGAAGAAUUAGAUAAAAUUUCUCUCAAUAAACUACCGAAUAAUGAUUAUAAAAUAUUUCUCAGAGAUUCUAUUAUCCCAUGUGUUACGAAGAUUUUUGCCAAUAUUCAGUUAUUGGAACAUCAACAACCACAGUUUCAUCUAGAUGCAAGUCGUUAUUUAAUGCAUAAACUAAUGCAAAUGAACAAUGAUUCAUUAUUAGGUCCAGCUUCAAUGGAUUGUUCACAAAUGAUAAUGCGUACAAUUCCUUCAGCAAGUCUUCCAGUUUCGCCAGAAUUCUCCUACAAAUCGGAUAUUUUUAUGACAAAUUCUUAUACAGAUUUAUGUAAAACACUUGAAGACAAAAUCAUUUCCACAUGUAAUAUUACAUCUGAUGACUCGAUAGAUAGUGGAUUACAGGAUGAAUAUUCACUCGAUUCAAAUAUGUCUGAAAUAGUUAAUGUUAAAACCGUCCAAAAAUGUCAUAUGAGUAAGAGUGUGUGUGAAGUUCAAAUGAGUCAAACUAUGGAUGAUACAGAUCGAUCAAUAUCUCAAAACUUUGCAAAGAAUAUAGAAAAGCAGUUCAAUAAUAUGAUUAAAGAAAUUGAACUUCAACUUAGUACAUCCAUUUAUAAAGAAUAUGAUUCAUUGAUACGAUUUCUACAAUAUCCAAUGAAUUUCAUUGAAUUACAAGAAAUAUCAACAUUAGUUAAAAGUGAUAAUUUCUCAUAUAAUGCCUUUAUAGCUUCAUUAGUUCAACAUGCAUAUGAUUUAAUUGAAUUAGGUUUCGAAAGUCAAUUCGUCAAGCUUUUACAAGUUUUCACUUCCUUAUCUAAAGCACCUAUGAUAGAGUCUAUACCAUUAGAAAUGAAAUGGAGUUUGGAUGGAUUAUCGAAUACUGGUCAAAAUGCCAUACAUUAUUUUUUAUGUUCAAAUGGAAUUUGCGAUCUAAUUAUACGAUGUAUAGAAAAUCCUAAUACUUCUGAAACGAUUUUUGUCAUGGCAAAUGAGUUGGCGAUUAACCUUUUAAAGCACAGCAAUAAAUAUGUACAGGAAUGUUUCUACAUUAUUCUGUCAAAGCCUAAACAACAUGAAGAUUUCUUCAAUUCUAUGUUUCAACGUUUUCAUAAUGCUUAUAGUCAAAUGGAUAAUUUAACAAAAAACAGAUUCUUUUGUAAAGAAGAAUUUACAAAAACUACAAAUUAUUUAGAUUGUUUCAAUUCAUUAAUAACUGGCAAAAAUAUAUCAGUACAGAUAAGUUUACAAUUUUUACAAACUUUAUGUUGUAGAAGCAAUUUAAGACUUCAGGAACUUUUACGUGUUCAACCACAUAAUGUGACAAAUUUUAAUUUAAUUGAAGAAAUCAAGUCGUUAUUUAUUAAUUUGUGGAAAAUAAAUGAUAAGCUAAUUAAUGCUGCUAUCUCUGACAGUAACAACGACAACACUCAUAGUAAUGAUAAUAAUAAUAAUACACUGAACUAUUCUGAUGUUAAUCAUAAAACACCACAAAGUAAACAUCAAUGUUUCAAUAGUACUGAAAAUAGCACAUUGAAAAUUGUACAGAAUAAUAUGAACAUUAUGGAGCCAACAAUGAUAAAUCAGAGAAAAUUUAAUAAAUCAUUAUUCCAUGAAAUGAAUCACAAUCAACAAAAUGUACAAAUUCAGAAAAAUAAUAAUCAUAAUCAUCAUAAUAAUAAUAACUCAAUACAUUUUAUUCAACCUGAAAUUAUAAUACUUAUUUUGACUUGUCUAAUUGAAUUUUGUCAAGGUCCUUGUUUAAAUAAUCAAAAUGAUAUUUUAUUCGGAAGUCCAAAUAUUUUAUGCAUACUAGUAAAUUUAGUAUUGACUACACCGAAAUGGAUUAGAAAUCAUAAACUCAAAGAUAUAACAUGUUCACUAGCUGAAAUUAGUUGUUUGUCAAUUAAGCUACUGUUAGCUGUGUUGGAAGGCCGCCAUGAAGAUAAGGUUUAUCAACAACUAAUUGAACUCUGUCCAUUAGAUAAGUUAAUAAGUACAAUUCAUUAUUAUUAUAUCUUGUCAGUGGAUUCAGAUUUUACAACGAAUCAUCCACGUGAAUCAUUUGAUAAAUGCGGACAUUUAUUAUUUAUAUUGACACAAUAUUUAUAUAGAUGUUUCCCAACAAUUUUUAAACAUAUGAAGACAUCUGAGAAUCAUAAUAAUAAUAAUAAUAAUAAUAAUAAUAAUAAUAAUAAUAAUCAAUUCUCAAGUGUAAAAUGGUCUGAGUCCAAUUCAUACAAUACUACUACACAAAGGGAAAAUUAUUUAUAUAAAAUGAAAUGUACAGAUCAUAACAGUACAAAAAAGUUGGAUUUAAAUAAUACUAUUAUAAAACGUUUAAUUAAGAAUAAAAGUGAUAAUAUAUUAAGUCUUCAAUAUUAUACAAUUAAUACAGCACAAAUAGAAAUCGUACGUGCAGACAACAGAAUUGAACGUAUAGUUUAUCCAAUUCCUAAAAUAUGUCAUUAUUUAACUGAUUCUAAAAAACGUCAAUUAUUAGCAAUAAAUAAUAUGGAUAAUGAUUAUUCAAAAAUUCCUUCGUUAUUUAAAAUAAUUGAAGAGAUUUAUGCUGAAAUGUUGUGUGCUGAACAUAUGCUUACUUAUGAUUUCUAUAAUUUCGAAACUCACAUUACUGUACUACCGAUUGCUGUACUCUCUGUUGUAUUAUGCCUUAUUUCUUCAAAUCAAUUAUCAGUUCAAAUAUAUAUUGGACUAGAAACUUUAUAUUUGUUAUUUGCCUGUGGUACUGAAAAUGUAAUUCUUGUAUUAGGACUAACUAAUUUUAUUUUUAGAUUUACAAAUUUAUUCAUUAUAUAUAAACAAUAUUUUUUAAUAAAAAAUUACAAAAAUUGUUUAUUUUCUAAUUCAAUUAAUACUAAUGAAAUAAAUUGGAAAACAUAUUUAAAAUUAAUAAAUAAUCAUAAAAAAAAUAUAAAAUUAAUUCAUAACAGAAAAACAUUGUCAUUUACAUUAUUAUUAUUAUUAUUCUUAUCAUGGUGGAAUAAUAUCUACUUUAUUGGAUAUGAAUUGUUGAAAUCUAUACAACAAAUAUCAUUAUUUCAUCAUUUAAUAAAUGAUGCAAAUCAAUUACAUUAUAAAUUAAUAUAUCAUUUCAUAUUGAUUAUAUUUACUGGUUUUGGAAUUAUAAUACAUCCAUUCUUUUAUAGUCUUGUUUUACUUGAUGUGGUUACACGUGAAGAGACUUUGUUAAAUGUUGUACGAUCAGUGACUAAAAAUGGUCGAUCAAUUUUCUUAACUGGAAUUUUAGCACUAAUCAUUAUCUACUUAUAUUCCAUCAUUGGAUAUGCUUAUUUUCAAAAUGAUUUUACUAUUGAAAUCGACAUAACAAAUGACAAUGAAACUCUUGAUAGUACAGAACGUCGAUGUGAUUCACUACGUAUGUGUAUAUUGACAACUCUUCGAGAAGGACUACUAAAUGGUGGCGGAAUUGGUGAUGUACUCAAACGUCCGAGCAGUAAGGAUAAUUCAUUUCUUUUUCGAACAAUUUAUGAUUUAUCAUUUUUUGUUAUUAUUAUUGUGAUUAUAUUAAAUUUAAUAUUUGGUGUUAUUGUGGAUACAUUUGCUGCACUUCGUCAAGAGAAACAAAAUUCUGAAGAAUUAAAUAAAAAUCAUUGUUGUGUUUGUGGAUUACAUCGUUCAGCAUUUGAUCAUUCGAAUACAAGUUUUGAUGAACAUGUUGAAAUUGAUCAUAAUGUAUGGCAUUAUAUAUAUUUUAUAAUAUAUUUAAGAACAAAAUUAACAGAUGACUUAACUGGUUUAGAAAUUUACAUUGAUAAACUUAUUAAAGAAAAUGAAUUUAAAUGGAUACCACGUAGACGAGCUAUGACGUUGUAUAACAUAGAAAAUGGUUCUUCAGAAAAAUCUGAAGAAAUCGCCGCAUUAGCUAACUCACUUAAUAAAACUGUCAAAGCGAUGGAUACACUUAAUGAAGGCUUCCAAAAAUUGUCUAAACUGAUUAGUAAACAGUUUAUGGAAAAAUCUAAAGAACAAUUACUUUCUUCAAUGAAGAAUGAAUGAAUGAAUAAUCAGUGAAAAUAAACAAUAAACAAAUAGCAAGAAAAAUAAUAGUUUUUUGUUGUUAUUAUUAUCAUUAUUGUUGUCGUUGUUGUUUAUCUCAGGUUUUAUUGCAUAAACCGAUGCUUCUGUUGCCGAUGAUGAUGAUGAUGAUGGUGCUGCUGCUGCUGCUGAUGAUGAUUCGUGUGUAUUUCAUUGUUAUGUUUGGUUUUGUUAUUGUUGUUUUUUUGUUGAUCUUCAUAAUUCAUUACAAUCUUUUGAUAUACAAAUUUAUUUUCUUAGUUUCUUAGUUUGAAUAAGAUAAAAUGAUAUGAACUAGGUGAGUAGAUGUUGAUCUAAUGUUUUUCUUAUAUAAAGACAGUGUGUUUUUUUUUGGACAAAAAAUAGAUACAUUUUUGUAUUCUGAUUAGUUGCUACAUGAUAUAGUUGAUUUAAAUAAUAAUAGUAAUUAAUUGGUUAAUAAUGCUUGUUUUUUUGCUAAUAAACAUAUCAUUAAAUACUGAUUUUUUUAAUUUUAAUCAUUGUCUAGUCUUCAAUGUUACAAUGACAGAAACUAAGCACAGAACAGUUAUCUUAAGUUUUAUAAAAAUGUCUUUUAACAAUUGAUGUUUUAUAUGUUUAAAAAUUUUGAAAAUUAAUAUAGGGUUGUGGAGAUGAUUGGGUUUUUAUUGAGAUCAUAGAUAGAUCAGCUGUAUCAUGAUAAUUAUUAUGCGUUCAUUAGUGACUGGUUUUAAGAGGUAAUUCUCGAAGUUCUGGUGAGAAGCCAUGACCAGUAGAGUUUAACCAUGUCAGUAAAAGAUGGUCACGUAGUUGAAGUUAGACAUAAACACCGUUGAAUGCCGGUUUGAUGGUUCAAAGAUGAUACGUUCACAUGAGAA